ACGUGGACAAUGAUGGUGGGCCUCACAAGCGUGCAGGAAGUCUAUCAGCUUCAUCCAUGACCUUGUCCUCAUCGUCUUGUCUCUAUCGUUUCUGCCUCCGCCACCCAGUAGCUCCCAUCGCUCCUCUCGCAGUGAGGGAGAGACGUGGGUACAUCUCCCCUCGCUACUUAUCCGCUCACACAAAACAAAGUCUACUACACAUCCCCUGGUUGCGCACCCUCCUCACGAGCGUGAGACCGGGCUUUGUGCAUCUUCUUUUCACCUGGAGAUCGUUCACUUGGGAAAGAAGAGUUGUCGUCGGUCUUUGUUUCAUAGUAGUAUUACUUGCGUAGCAUUCCUAUGUGUAUCUAGAGUCCAUCCAGGCUGCUCUGCUUGUGUCUCCCUUCGUCGUCGUCGAUCCCGACGCCCUCGACGGGGAGCGCCGCUAAAGCAGCAUUGGGAGGCUAUCAGUCCUAAAAUGGAAG